AUGGUUCUGUCUGAGAUUUCUAGCAGUGAUGAAGAUUUUCAAAACUUUUAUGAUAAUGAAACUGGUGAAAUUGUACCAGAUUCUGAAUCUGAGCAAGAAAUUGACCCUUUAAAAGAAGUGCUAAGAAACAAGAUGUGGACUUACAAUCCAAGGGAGGACAUAGAAUUCAAGAAGGGACAACUAUUCACUAAUGUUGAUGCCUUUAGAGCAGCACUAAAGGAUUAUGUGAUCCAAAAAGAAUUUCCCAUCAAAAGGCUGAAGAAUGAGAAAAUCAGGUGUACUGCAAUCUGUGAUGUUGCUGGAUGUACAUGGAGGAUUCAUGCGUCCCCUAUAGCUGAUUCAGUAAUAUUUAUGAUUAAGACAUACACACCUGAACACACAUGUGUGAUGGAUAACAAAAAUCGUGAGACCACCUCUGACUGGAUGGCCAAGAAACUGCUAGCUGUGAUGAGAACCCAUCCGCACUUGUCAAAAAAGGACAUUGAAGUUGAAAUGCUAAAAUAUGGUGUGCAUCCUAGCAUACAGCAAGUGUAUAGAGCCAAACAAAAGGCAAGAGAAGAGAUUGAAAGCACACAUUCAGAAUCAUAUAGUAAACUGCCAAAAUAUGAUGUGCUUCUAAGGCAACAUAAUCCUGGUAGUAUUUGUAAGAUUCAUUAUGACAGAUCAAAUCUACUAGUUGAACCAAGGUUCCUGAGACUUUUUAUUAGCUUUAAAGGACAGAAAGAUGGAUUUUUAGUUGGUUGUAGAUCAUUUGUUAGAUUUGAUGGAUGUCAUUUGAAAGGUAGUUUUGGUGGAGUAUUGCUGACUGCUGUUACAUUGGAUGCUAAUAACAGCAUAUUUUCCAUUGCAUUUGCUAUUGUUAAUGGGCUGAAGUUUGCAUAUGAACAGCUGCUGUCAUUUGCAAUUGGAAGAUACUGUUGCAGACAUAUUUACAGUAACUUCAGGUCUCAGUUUCCUGGAAUGUUGCUGACUAGCUUCUUUUGGCAAGCUGCUAAAAGUUAUGAUGCAAUUGGAUUUAAUGAAACAAUGCAGAGAAUCAAGGACAUGAAUAUAGAAGCAUGGAGGUACUUAUCCAAGAUUCCAGUUUCUGCUUGGGCUAGACAUGCAUUCUCAAUAGAAAUGAAAUGUGACCAUGUCACAAACAACUUCACGGAAUCCUUCAAUGCUUGGAUUGGAGAUUUAAGGGGUCAACCAAUACUGACACUUGUUGAAGGUCUAAGGAAAAAAUUUAUGAAGAAAUUACACAAAAGAUAG